CUCCUGAUUGGGAGCUAAUCAGAUUCUGACUGCCCGGGGCUCUGGGCUCAAUCGAAUAAGGGAGGCGGAGCGGAGAGCCAGUGGCUUUUUCCUGGCUGACACAGGGCAAGGGCUCAGGUCCCUGAAGACACCCCAGGAAGACUCGGUCCCCUGCCUUCCGGGGGCUGCAGACGGUGCUCCAGCAUGGAGAGCCCGGCCGGCGUGGCCCCGGCCCCCAGAGCACUGCCUGCCUUCGUGGCCUUCUCCCAGCUGCUGGGCCUGACCUCGGUGGCCGUGACGGGCGCCUGGCUGGGCCUGUACCGGGGCGGCAUCGCGUGGGAGAGCACCCUGCUGUUCAACGUGCACCCGCUGUGCAUGAUCAUCGGCCUGAUCUUCCUGCAGGGAGACGCCCUGCUGGUUUACCGAGUUUUCAGGAAGGAGACCAAACGCACGGCCAAAAUCCUGCACGGGCUGCUGCACGUCUUGGCGUUUGUCAUCGCGCUGGUGGGCCUGGUGGCCGUGUUCCACUACCACAGGGAGCGGGGCUAUGCCCACCUGUACAGCCUGCACAGCUGGUGCGGCCUCCUGGUCUUUGUCCUCUACUUUGUGCAGUGGCUGGUGGGCUGCGGCUUCUUCCUGUUCCCCGGAGCCUCCUUUUCCCUGCGGAGCGGCUACCGCUCUCAGCAUGUCUUCUUCGGCGCUGCCAUCUUCCUGCUGUCGCUGGGCACGGCCCUGCUGGGCCUGAAGGAGGCGCUGCUGUUCAAGCUUGGGUCCGCGUACAGCUCGUUCAAGGCCGAAGGGGUCCUGGGCAACACGCUGGGCCUGCUGCUGGUCGCCUUUGGUGUGGCCGUGCUCCACAUCCUGACCCGUGCGGACUGGAGGCGGCCACCCCGCGAGGAGGAGCAGGCUCUCUCCAUGGACUUCAAGACGCUCACUGAGGGGGACAGCCCCACCCCCCAGUGAUGGGGCAGGGCCUGGGCCGGCCGGCCUCCGUUCUGGGCUCUGAAGGGGGAGCCCCUUGGCCCUCACCCAGGCCACCUCGGGCCAGGGGCUUGAGGGUCGGCCUGGCUCCUGGGGGCUCGGCUUCCUCCCUGCUCUCCUGU